CUGGCUCAUUUUUGGUCUCUUUCAGAGCUCCUUGAAUCGGCAAGCAGUGAUAAAAUCCAUCCGUUUAUCGAAGACACUAUAGUCACCGGAGAUGAUGUGAAUGCCGCUCUUCGCUUAAUUGCUAUACACGCACUGGCUGCGAAUGGUCUCAAACCGGCUACUUUACACCAGUACAGGAGGAUGAUUAUGCAGUCAUUUGGAGUUGAAGCGUUGAACAAACUCCUAAAACUGCAAAAAAUGGGUGUGGUCCGAGAACGAGGUGGCAGUGGUAAACUGAAUGCUGACUACGUUCCAGUGAUGUUCUCACAUAUGAAGAAGCAGUACAGUCUUCUAGCCGAAAAUGUUUCUGAAACGAACACGUCCGACUUUGCCUAUGCUUAUAGCGGUUAUGCUCCUCUUCUUGUUCGAAUUCUGGAAGAAGGUGAUCGCGUCCGAUGGGCAGGAUGGCAUAAAACUUUCGAUGGCACUGUUGGCGGUAUGUCGUCUUUCAACGACAUGUUCAGUUUUGAAUAGAA